UUUGGUAAAAAAAAGGAGACGUUUUUCUUUGGAUCAUGUCCUAUUUAGCAAUUCAUAUCCGUUACUUGAUCCUUCCACACACCACCAUCACACAGUUCCCUCUCUCGCUCGCCGGAAAAGGCUUUAAUCAAUGGCCGCUGAAUCCCCCAUCCGAAUCGGAGUUCUGGGCUGUGCCGAGAUCGCUCGGAAAGUCUCUCGCGCCAUCCAUCUCGCUCCCAACGCCACCGUUUCCGCCGUCGCCAGCCGCUCCGCCGAGAAGGCCAAGGCAUUCGCCGCCGCGAACGGUUACCCUCCGACGGCGAAGAUCCAUGGCUCCUACGAGUCUCUCCUCAACGACCCCGAUGUCGACGCCCUCUACGUGCCGCUUCCAACAAGCCUCCACGUCGAAUGGGCUGUACGCGCCGCCGAGAAGGGCAAACACCUCCUGCUCGAGAAACCCGUCGCCAUGAACGUCGCGGAGUUCGACAAGAUCAUCGCGGCCUGCGAAUCCAAUGGCAUUCAGAUUAUGGACGGGACGAUGUGGGUGCAUAACCCUAGGACCCAGAAGAUGAAGGAAUACCUCUCGGAUCCCGAGCUUUUCGGACAGCUCAAAACCGUUCACAGCUGUUUCUCAUUUGCCGGGGACGAAGAUUUCCUCAAGAACGACAUCCGGGUGAAGCCAGGUCUCGAUGGGCUCGGAGCCCUCGGGGAUGCAGGCUGGUACACGAUCAGGGCUACCCUUUUGGCCAACAACUACGAGCUUCCCAAAUCCGUCACUGCCUUGCCUGGACCCAUCCUGAAUGAAGCAGGAGUGAUCCUCUCUUGCAGUGCAUUCCUCCACUGGGAAGACGGGCGAACUGCCACGAUUUCCUGCUCCUUCUUGGCUAACCUGACAAUGGACAUAACCGCGGUAGGAACCAAAGGCACUCUCCACGUUCACGAUUUCAUCAUCCCGUUCCAAGAGACCGAGGCCUCGUUCAGCACGAGCACAAAGGCUUGGUUCAAUGAAGGAGUGACCGGUUGGGUUAAUAAGCCGAGCGAGCACAAGAUCAUGACUGAGCUCCCACAGGAAGCGUGUAUGGUGAGAGAGUUUGCCCGUCUGGUCGGGGAAAUCAAGAACAGAGGAGCGAAACCAGACGGGUUUUGGCCGAGCAUCAGCCGGAAGACACAGCUGGUGAUUGAUGCAGUUAAAGAAUCGAUCGGGAAGAACUUUGAACCGAUCGAUCUCUCGGGCCGUUGAAGAGAAGAGCUUGUGACAUGAGUUCUUUCUCGUCUUGACUUGUGUCUCCAUCCGUGAGUGUGUCUCAGCCCCGUGAGUGUCGGAAUUGUCUUGGACUCAGUACUAAGUGUCAAUAACAUUAUGGGGAAAACGUCACGUUACUCUUAGAAUAAAUAAAUAAUAUUGAGUUAAAACAUAAAAGCUGAACAUCCAACUCGUU